UGAACGUUUCAAUGAGCCGCCAUGUUAGGAAGCCAAACCCCCUUUCAUUCUGCGAAGAAAAGAAGGCAUUCACUUCCAGGGUAGUUUUCGGAAGUGCCUGUUGUUUACCGCCGAAAUACAAAUUGUUCUACCGUCACAAGUUGUGUCCUGGUCUGGUUCGGUUCGCCUUGUGUCUUUUAUUCGGGUUUCACAGCUCCUCUUGUACAAAUGGCGACCGCGGCCGCAACUCCGACCGGCCAGAGAAGCACGUGCGGUAGCGGCACACCGCUGAGCCCGACCAGGAUCACCAGGCUGCAGGAGAAACACCAACUCAGGGACCUCAACGACCGCCUGGCCCACUACAUCGACACAGUCCGUAGCUUGGAGUCUGAAAACAGCGUACUCCAUCUGCAAAUUAGCGAAAAGGAAGAAGUCCGGAGCAGGGAGGUCACUGGACUGAAAGCCCUGUAUGAGACCGAGCUAGCCGACGCCAGGAGGUGUUUGGAUGACUCCUCCAAGGAGCGGGCCUGGCUGCAGAUUGAGCUGGGGAAGAUCAAGUCCGAGCACGAGCAGCUUCUGCACAACUACAACAAGAAGGACUCAGAGGCAGCAGAAUCCCAGGCCAGGUUGAAGGACUUGGAGGCUCAGCUCAACUCCAAAGAUGCUAUGCUGGCUACAGCGCUGUCUGAGAAGAUGGGCCUGGAAGCCACCCUGAUUGACCUGCGAGAAGAGCUGCAGGAGCUGGAUACAGGUCUCACUCAGGCCAAAAAGCACCUUUCAGAUGAAAUGCUUCUGCGCGUUGACUUGGAAAACCGCUGCCAGAGUCUGACUGAGGACUCGGUCUUCCGUAAGAGUAUGCAUGAAGAGGAAGUGAAAGAGGCCCGGCAGCGAUACGAGACCCGACUGGUGGAGGUGGACUCUGGACGGAAAGUGGAGUAUGAAUAUAAACUGACUCAGGCCCUGAUUGACAUGAGGGCUCAGAAUGAGGAGCAGAUCAAGAUAUACAAGGACAGCAUGGAGAGCACCUACCUGGCCAAACUAGAGGAUCUGCAUCAGUUGUCUGAGAUGAACGGAGCUUCAGCCAACGUGGCCCGAGAUGAGCUCAGAGAGUCCUCUCUGAGGAUUGAGAGCCUCUGCGCCCAGCUGGCAGGACUGCAGAAGGAGACCCGUGGUUGGCGUGAUCGUAUUGUGGAGCUGGAGGCCGCAUUGACUCAAGAGAAAGACACAAGCCGCAAGUUGCUGGCAGACAAAGACCGCGAUUUGAUGGCGAUUCAGGCCAAGAUGCAGCAACAGCUGAAUGAGUAUGAACAGCUGCUUGAUGUUAAACUUGCUCUUGACAUGGAGAUCAACGCCUACCGCAAACUUCUGGAGGGAGAAGAAGAAAGACUGAAGCUGUCUCCCAGUCCUUCAUCCCGUGUCACGGUGUCAAGAGCCUUGUCCAGCAGCCGCAGCGUGCAGACCGCUCGAGGAAAGAGAAAGCGCAUCGAUGUGGAGGAACAAGAAGCCAGCAGCUCUGUGUCCAUUGCUCACUCUGCCUCAGCCACAGGACCCAUCUGCAUUGAUGAGAUUGAUACUGAUGGCAAGUUCAUUUGCCUCAACAACAGUGGAGAUGAAGACCAGGCCAUGGUGGGAUAUGAGUUGACCAAGACUACUGGAAAUGCUACAGCCACUUACAAGUUUACUCCCAAAUAUAUUCUGAAGGCUGGCCAGAAAGUCAUGGUGUGGGCGUCUGAUGCUGGUGUGAGCUCAAAACCUCCCACAGACCUGCUUUGGAAGAACCAGUCCUCCUGGGUUUCAGGCGAGGACAUCCAUGUGUCACUGAUCAACCCUCAGGGAGAGGAGGUGGCAAAGAGAACCACAACGUACAAGACAGCCAUAGAAGAACAGGAGGAAGAGGAGGAGGAGGAAGAUAACGGAGUGGAGGCCAUAGAGGAAGACCUCUUCAACCAGCAGGGAGACCCCCGCACUGCCAAGAGAGGCUGCUCUAUCAUGUGAUCCCACUGCACCAACCAACAGGCCACCAUCACCCCUCUUUCCUCUGAGCCCAGCCAGUGUGCUGCCAACUGUAAUACUAGAACUAUUUUUCUAUCUUUUGUAAUAGUAUUUCAAUAAAGUGUUUUAAUUUUUCUUUUAUCAUCUAAUUUAUCAUAAAAAUAGAAAACUGCUAUGGUCACAGUAUUUGUAUCAAAACAGUAGAAUUUGUAGUUCACAGCCUUUUUUCCUUUUUAAAACCAAGCAACAGGUAGCUAAACUCAAGGACAGACUGUAAUUUUAAAACAGAUUUUAAUUUUGUAAUUUUAUUUUAUAUUAUCUUAAUUUUAUUGUGGAUGCUAUACUCAAGGCCUUUAAAUUACAAGAACAGCCACAAGAUGUCAGUCAUGAGUUAAGGUCAUGCUGGCUUUUUCCGAAAGCAAAACAUUGAGAGUAUACUGCAGUAACAGGAGUUAUUAUUUCAAAUGACUUGCUCCCAUCAGUAAUGACCUUGAAGUCAGGAGUUGCAUAUGUAAACUUGUAUAAUGGCAUUCUUCUAGUAUCUUUGGAAAACAACCGAAAUGCCAUGGUUAAAUGAUUGUAUUGAAGUUUGAUGAGCAGUUGCUGAGACACCUUAAAGCCCUUCGUGUGUAGAAUCUGAAACUAAAUCCUGAUUGUAGAAGAAAGAUUCUGACCUGAGUGCAUUAGAAAGAUGGACUGAAAGAGCUUCAGCUACUUUUCACCAGGAUGCCUAACUCAAAUAGACUCAUGCCAUCUGAAUAAUUGGACAGAUGUAUCGUUGUGUUCUACCAGGGGGCUUUAAUGUGGCAGCAAACGAGACUUUCUUUCCUUGCAUUGCAACACUAAUUAAGUGUUGAUUGUAUUCUGAACUUUUGAUAUUUGAAGUGUUUGAUGUACUUUUCUGUGUCAGUGUGUUACUAUGCAUGCUAUUGGCUGUGAUCUUUAUAGUUGAAAGAUUAAAUGUUUUCUCGUA